AUGAAAUUUCACCCUCCCGACCACCCACUAGUGACAGCAUCCUCAAAGGAAACAGGGCGUUCGGCCAUGUCAUCGACGUCUGGGCAGGAACGAAAGCGUGUGGUCCAUGCAGCAGCUUAUCUGGCGGCUUUCUCGUCCAGAUCAGAUCUGUCAACUACCACGACCUCAUCAUCCACUGUAUCGCCACAAGAAACCACCACCACUGUUGUCACCGCUGCUUCCUUAAUCCCAGCCGAAAACCAACCUGCUAGCUCCACUGCUCAGUUCCAUGACAAAUCCAGUGUCGGCCUUGCCUCUCCUCCCUCCUUGGGCCUUGGGAAAAUCACCGCACCGCAGAAUGACUCUAGGGAGCCGUGGUUCUCCAAAGACACACCUCAGGAACUGUCGCUCCACGAUCGUGUUGUUGGCGGGGGACUGCUGCGCGAAUCGGUGUUUCCGUACUGGAAAAAUGGCACACCCGGCGGCGGGUAUGAGAAUACGGACGAAUUGCAAAAGCAGGAUCCACUCGCGACUCAGAUAUGGAAGCUUUAUAGCCGCACAAAGUCCCAAUUGCCUAACCAGGAGCGCAUGGAAAAUCUGACCUGGCGCAUGAUGGCGAUGAACUUGAGGAAGAAGAGGGAGCGUGAUGAAGCAAAUAUGUCUGAAAAGACACGCAACUUGGACAACUCGAAACCUCUGCAAGAAGACAAACAGAUAUUAAAAUCUGCUGCUGGCCCCAGUGGUAUAGCGAGGCUUCGACAGUCCAUCGAUGGGAAUUGCACUUUUGCUGAAUCAGAACCAAUGAAUAUUGACGAUUUCACUGCGCCAUCGCCCAUAGAUUCCGCCUCCGGUUUGUCUCCGCCCUCGCCUGCCGAGGCGGCGAGGUCAAGUCAUGCAGUGGCAUCCGCUAUCCCGAUCAAAACAUGUAAAUCCCAGCAAAGCCCUAUGUCAGACAACCUCAUACCUGCUUCAUUUCCCCACCCACCUCAACAUCAUCGACGGAAUGAUGAAUUUGGGUAUGUGCAGCGCCGUGUUCGCAAAACUAGUGUUGACGAGAGAAAUACACGGAAACGACCCGCUGAAGCAUCUCCUCAGGUGCCUCCCAUUACCGGUCUCAUUAUACCCCACGAACCGGAUUUUGAUGCUCAUAUGGCUGACUACACUCUCGAUCAACAUCACUCGGCCUAUCCACUUAACUACCACACUUCUCCAGCCAUCCCUUACAGCUUAGAAACAUUUCAGCCUCGUGACAAUUCGAUUCUUCCCUCCACAAGUCCUUUCCAACAACAUUACCCAUUCUCCCCCUCUGACUCUCCAUUGGUCGCUAGCGGGCCUUUCCAAUCUGUUUAUUCGCACACUCCAAUGGAGCAAAAUCAGAUCGACCUCAGGACAAACCAUUCAAUAACCAGCUUUCGCGGAUCCUCAGCCUUUACUGGAUCCUCGCAGUCUAACCAUACCUAUCACACUACUAAUGAGUCUAUUUUCAACGCAAUUAGAACCUCUGACCACUCGAACCUUUCAUCGCCAAGCUUCCCAAUGCAGCACCAGCCUCUGGAUCCUACAGGGGUCCUACCGAGUGGUGACUUCUCAUCUGGUCCAUUGGGGCAGCCUAGAAACUUAACAAGCGUCGUAAACAUGUUUACAUUUGGUGCGGACUCUGAUAAUGAGGAGGAUGGGAAUCCGUUCCCCGACCGAUCCAUGGCAAUUCAGCCCGAUUGUGGUGCUGUUGAUGAUACCGCCAUUAAUCCUAAUAAUUCGAGCUCGCAGUGGGAGUCGCCUAUGACUAAACAGUUUAACUCCAUGCCAAACAGCUUCCAAGGCCAUAGAAAACAUGUCACAAUCGGGGGAACAGAGAUUGCAGAUUCCGAGCGCGACUGGGCCAGUGGAAGUUUGGCUCGCACUCACGGUUCUGCGGCCUCAUGGUUUAACACCAUCAUGUGCUCCUUCAAGCUACUCGGGGUUGACGAAGACCGGUGUUGUGCCUAUCGCUGCGGCACCUCCAAAGACGACGUCAACUUCGUUAGCUACCAGCCUCGCCCAGAUAAAGCACCUGCUGGAUUCCAGGGCCCCCAGGAGGCAGAAAUGCGUAAUGCGACAGACAGAGUUAGCAAACCUUUGACCUCAUUAAGCAAACCGAAACCCGGUGCUCCGCUUGCGACCCAGCCACCAGCUGCUGCCAACCCCGCCCAUCACAGUCUUGCUGCUGGUGCUCAACAAGGAGGGAGCCAGGAAUGGGAAUGGCUAACUAUGAGUUUGUGA